CCGACGACGGCGUGCCAGGGGUGACAGUGCGCCCGCGCCAAGGCUACGCUACGUCGGGCUACUUCAAUAGUUACUUCUGAAGUAAUAAUAUGCACAUUGUCUUUUUUUUUACAGAAUCGUCAUAGUGGAAACAUGUUCAAACACUUGAGUAGUAUGCACAAGGAUAGAGCUGAGAAUAUAUCGAAGAACAAAAAGAAUACAGUGAAGACCCCCAUCAGGAAGGCUAAGCAUAUUGUCCUGAAUGGAGUGAAGAUGUCUGGAAAGGCACUCCAGCUUUACUGUUUACUUUUAGUGGCGGAACAAGGGGCUUCCUUCAAACUGCUGGACUCUCCGGCUUUCCAGAGCAUUGUAAGGCCCUAUCUGGAUGCUUUGCCUGCAAGUGAGAAGGUUACCAUCAAUCGGAGAAACAUUCCUGGUCUUAUACCUGAGUACGCCAAUAAAGUGAGAGAAAUAAUUGCUGAUGAAGUGAAGGGGAAGCUCAUCAGCCUAAAGUUAGAUGGAUGCACAAGAAAACACCGUCACUUUUUGGGCAUCACUGCUCAAUUUGUUGACGCUGGUAAACUGACAGUGCGGACUCUAGCUGUUGAAGAAUUAUUCAUUAAGAACAGUGCACCAUUGAUAAAAACUGAGGUUACUCGUGCUCUUGAUAGGUUCUCAAUAAUGGUUCAAAACCUGUUUUCUAUUACAUGUGAUAACGCAGCGAAUUACUUGCUGAUGGCACGCCUUUUUGAUAAGGCUGCGAAAGAGCUCUAUGCAAAACUUGAAAGCUUGCAGUAUGAUGAAGAGGAUGAAGAUCUUAGACAGUGGGCUGAAGAGGAUGACGAUGAAGACUGGCCAUCCAUCGAGUUAAUUGCUGAGGACAGCACCAGCAUCCAAAGUUCGCGGUGUGGCGCCCACACACUUCAGCUCGCUGUCGAUGAUGCCAUCAAGGAAACUCCUGAAGUGAAAGCUCUGCUGACGAAAGUGCGAGAUUUGGCCAAGUUCCUGAGAACACCUACUAUGGUGCGCGAGCUAAAGAAGCAGGACCUUACCUUGCCCAAGUUGGAUGUUGUUACUCGCUGGGGAUCGUCCUUUGAUAUGUGUGAGUCAGUUCUUGGUCUCAAAGAAUUCUCUCAGAAAUCCUUUUCAAAGGCAGAUCAGCAGCAGUAUGGACUCAGUGCCAAUGACUGGAGCAAAGUGGAAGAGCUGAUAAAAUGUCUGCGGCCAGCAAGAAAAGCGUCUAUCAAGUUGCAAGGCAAAUCCAUUCUGUUGGGAGAUUUCUUCCGCAUCUGGUCUACCUGCUAUGACAAACUGACAAAAUUGAAGCACCCAUUAGCAGAAGCCCUCUGUUGCGCAAUGGAAAAACGGAAACAAUCCGAAAUGUAUAAGAACCAAGCCCAGGGGGAAAAGCUGUCGAGCCUGUUGGGUACCCAGGCUUCAAAGCUGCUUUGCUCAUGGACCCACGCUAUUUUACAUUGCUCGACCCUUCUGAUGUCCAAGAAGCCAAGACGCACCUGGUGCAAGUAUGGCGAAGGCUCUGUCAUCUCAGGGGAGAAACUGAGAGAGAAACUGAUGAGGAUGGUAGCGAAGAGAGCUCUUCAACGGUUGUCUCUCAAGAAGUAUCAACAGAAGAUGACAGUGAUGAAGAAUCCACUUUUGCCAAAGAUCUGAAAAGGAGGAACAAAGAAAAGGUCAAGAACAUGGAUCCUAAGAGAAGCAACCAACCUGCUCUGAAAAUUCUACAAUUACUAGAUACUUACCUGGUUGAAACUCCUCCACUUGCUGAAAAAGAAGAUGUUUUGAUGUACUGGCACAACAAGAGAGUACAUCAUCCAAUCCUGUCUGAGUUGGCUUUUAUCGUUCUAGCCCAACCAGCAACACAAGUGGCAGUAGAACGAAUUUUCUCAACUCUGAAAUUCAUACUGAACCCACUGCGCUUCAGAUUAUCAUCGCAACACGUCGACGAUAUGAUGAUUCUUCACUGCAAUGCAGAUCUGCUACACAAAAUUGCAGAAAGUGAGUUGGUAAAACAAAUUUUAGGUGAGGCAACGUAAAAAAUGUCGCAAUGUAAGAAAAAUGAAAACCAACUUCCUGUUGAAUGAACUCGUUGAUUUUCUUUAUUUACAAGACAAGACUUCCAAACUUUUUCCUAGUCAACUAAUGGUCUUGAUGCUAUGUUAUUUGUUGUUUAGAUUUUUUUUAUUUGUCAUGGACUUAAGUUCAAUUAUUUUGUUUAUUUUGACUCACAUUCAGCCCAUGUGAUGUGAUAGUCCCUAGAUUAGAAAGACUUUCUGAUGAAUAUUUGUUCCUAGAUUGUGUUACUAGAAUGGUAAAAAUGUUACAUGUAAACAACACAUUAUUGAAUGUAGUUGACUGGUUUACUCUAUUUAAAAUGUAAGAUUUAUCAAUAUCUUCCUAGUCAACAAAUUGUACUGAGGCUUUGUUAUUUUUUGUUUGUUAUUUCUAUAUUUAUUGGUAAAAGACUGUAAUUAUAUUAUUUUGUUGACUUUGACUCACUUCAUGAUGUGCGUUUUCCCUUUAUCAGUAAGACGCAAAUAUUUGUUUGGGGGUGUUGCAUAGUUUUGUAUCCAAAGAUAAACGUGUUUCUAGAAAAAAUAAAUCUUUCAAGUAAACAAACUUA